AUGAAUACUUUCUCUCCCUCCUCAACUUCCCUUUCUUCCACAAUUCUACCUUUCCCAUCACAUUCAAAAAACUCCAUUUUAUGUGCCACAAGCUUUAAAGGAAACACCAACCAAUUUGGGUUUUCCAAACACACCCUCUUGAAGUCAAAGAUAAUUGCUUGCUCUUCUCCACAGGAUGCAGGCUCCGGUGAAAUCACACCAAACAACUUUUGCAUUAUUGAGGGGCCAGAAACUGUUCAGGAUUUUGUUCAGAUGCAAGUGCAGGAAAUUCAAGACAACAUAAAGAGCAGGCGCAACAAAAUCUUUCUUCUCAUGGAAGAGGUAAGGAGAUUGCGUGUGCAGCAACGGCUAAGAAGAAUACAAAGAGCUUUUACUGAAGAGGGAGAGGAGGAUGCAAAUGAGAUGCCGGAAAUUCCUUCAUCAAUUCCUUUUCUUCCUCAUGUGACACCCAACACUUUAAAGAAUCUCUAUCUAACAGGCGCAUCAUUCAUAUCUGCAAUAAUUGUAUUUGGCGGGCUUAUUGCACCGACGCUGGAACUGAAAUUGGGUAUUGGUGGUACCUCAUAUGAGGAUUUCAUAAGAAGCUUGCAUUUGCCUUUGCAACUAAGUCAGGUCGAUCCAAUUGUGGCAUCCUUUUCGGGUGGAGCAGUUGGCGUGAUUUCAGUACUGAUGUUAAUUGAGGCUAAUAAUGUUGAGCAACAAGAGAAAACAAGGUGCAAGUAUUGUCUUGGAACUGGUUACUUGGCUUGUGCUCGGUGUUCCACAAGCGGUGUAUGCUUGGACAUUGAUGCGAUUUCAGCAUCUGGUGCUACUGUUAGACCCCUGCAAGUUCCUACCACCAAAAGAUGUCCAAAUUGCUCCGGUGCUGGAAAGGUUAUGUGUCCAACUUGCCUUUGCACUGGGAUGAAGAUGGCAAGUGAACAUGACCUGAGAAUUGAUCCAUUUGACUAA